AUGCGGCCGCUGCACUUCAUCGACCCGCUCUGCGACUUGGUGCAUUCUGUAGACCGCACCGAGCAGCCAAGGAACGCGGCCCAACCGUACGCCGAGCAGGCACGCCAGCGCGAGGCCGACGAUGCGGCCGCGGCGCCGCCGGACCGGCCGCCGUACCCGGGACAGGAACACCCCGACGACCUGCGGCCCGGCGGCGGCUGGCAGCCACAGCAGAUGCCACAUGGCGCCAGCGGCAGCCCGUGGGACGCGGGGGAGCCCCCGCCGCGGCGGCCGGGCGCUGGUUCCGACGCGGACGACGGCUGGGGCGGCCAGAGCUUCGGCGACGCGCUGGCCGCGCCUGGCCGGCCCGCGGCGCUUGUCGGCGCCGGCAGGGCGGGCGGUCCGGACGCCGGCGGCGGUGCCACACCAGGGCGCGGCCCGGCGGACUUGGAGGCCCCGACGCCCGCAGCCUCGCGCGGCCGCAGGCCCAAGGCCAGCCCGCCGGACGACGGCGGCUUCGGCGGGCAGUCCCUGGGCGACUGCUUCAAGAAGGCGCCGCCGCCGCCAGCCCCUGGCGGCGGCGCCGCCGCCUCUGGGGGCGGCGCCAGCAGGGCCAGCAGGGCGCCGCCCCCGCCAGAGGGGGGCGGCCCCGGGGCCGACGAGAUCGUCAAGUGGCUCAGGUCGCUGCCCCUUUCCCACGUGCCCGAGAAGGCUCAAAACGAGCUGUGCGCCGUGGUCGAGGAGGCCAACAUGGGGGGCCACGAAUUCGAUGGGUACGUUCAGCAGGUGCCCCCGGAGAUCUGCGCGCCGCGACACGCGAUGAAGCUGAAGGCAGCCUGGGCCAACAAGAUGAAGGAGGCGGCGUGCGUCGAGGUGGCGCUGUACAACCUGAACAACAAGCCGACCCAGAAGGGCAUCUCCCUGAAGAUCUGAGCGAGCGAUUGGCGGCCGCGGCGCCGGGCAGACGGCAGCUCGGCCUGCUCUCCUGUGAUCCGAGUUCCCCUCUGCUCCCCCCUCUCCUUCUGCGAUCCUUCUGAGGCCUCAAUCCUGGCCCCCCCUCCCUCUCCUGUGUCCCGCCGCGCCGCUGACCCACGGGGCGGCGGCGCCCCCUCCCCUGCAAGGGCCGGGCGCCGACGCCGCGCCUCUCGGGGGGCGAAGCGCGGGGGCGCGGCAGAAGCGCGACGCGCGCGCGAGCUCGCGCGACGGCGGCGACCACGACGUCGUUCGCAGGGCCGCCACCCGCC